GACGGCUCCGGCAGCGGCUCCCGCGGCGGCGGCGGCGGCCGGGGACUGGAAGAAGGAGACCCUGGCUUCGCAGGGGGCCAGGCUGGGGCAGACGCGAGGGGCCUGGGGGGGCGCUGGCUUUGGCCCCGCCUGGGGCAGGAUGGUGAAUCUGGAGUCCCUGCACACAGAUAUCAAGAUGAGUGGGGAUGUAGCCGAUUCCACAGAUGCUCGCAGCUCUCUCAGCCAGGUGGAGCCAGGAAAUGAUCGAAAUGGCCUAGAUUUCAACAGGCAGAUUAAAACUGAAGAUCUCAGUGACUCUCUGCAGCAGACCCUCUCCCAUCGGCCAUGCCACCUGAGUCAAGGACCUGCCAUGAUGUCUGGAAACCAAAUGUCUGGGGACAUGGCUUCCCUCCAUCCGCUCCAGCAGCUUGUGCUGGUUCCCAGCCACUUACAGUCUGUAUCCCAGUUCCUGAUAUCUCAGACCCAGCCUGGGCAGCAAGGUCUGCAGCCAAAUCUCCUCCCCUUUCCACAGCAACAAAGCAGUCUCCUCCUCCCACAGACUGGGCCGGGCCUGGCAUCCCAGGCAGCUGGGCGCCCUGGGCUGCCAGGAUCCUCUUUAGAACCCCACCUGGAAGCGUCCCAGCAUCUCCCAGUGCCCAAGCAUCUACCCAGCUCUGGAGGACCCGAUGAGCCCAGUGACCUCGAGGAGCUGGAGAAGUUUGCCAAGACCUUCAAGCAAAGGCGCAUUAAGCUGGGCUUCACACAGGGAGAUGUGGGGCUGGCGAUGGGAAAGCUGUAUGGCAACGACUUCAGCCAGACCACCAUCUCGCGAUUCGAGGCCCUCAACCUGAGCUUCAAGAAUAUGUGCAAGCUCAAGCCCCUGCUGGAGAAGUGGCUGAAUGACGCAGAGUCCUCUCCGUCAGACCCCUCAGUGAGCACGCCCAGCUCCUACCCCAGUCUCAGUGAAGUAUUUGGUAGGAAGAGAAAGAAACGGACCAGCAUCGAGACCAACAUCCGCCUGACUCUGGAGAAGAGGUUUCAAGAUAACCCAAAACCCAGCUCGGAGGAGAUCUCCAUGAUUGCAGAGCAGUUGUCCAUGGAGAAGGAGGUGGUGAGGGUCUGGUUCUGCAACCGACGCCAAAAGGAGAAGCGAAUCAACUGCCCUGUGGCCACACCCAUCAAACCCCCUGUCUACAAUUCCCGGCUGGUAUCUCCCUCGGGGUCUCUGGGUCCCCUCUCUGUCCCUCCUGUCCACAGUACCAUGCCUGGAACAGUAACGUCAUCCUGUUCCCCUGGGAACAACAGCAGGCCUUCAUCUCCUGGCUCACGACUCCACGCCAGCAGCCCCACUGCAUCUCAAAAUCACUCCAAAGCAGCAGUGAACUCCGCCUCCAGUUUUAACUCUUCAGGAUCUUGGUACCGAUGGAAUCAUCCCACCUACCUCCACUGAGACCAAAAAGUUUCUCCUGCUCCACCUGGCCCUGUAUUCCCCCUGGAAGGAAGGGAGUCAUGCCUUCUAUGUACGGACAGAUUGGUUUCAGAAGAAUGGAAGAAAAUCCCCACUAGCAAUGAACCCAGACUCUUGUCUUCUUCAGGAGCAAGGUCCUCCAGAGAGCCAAACUGUGACUGAACCAAGUGCAGACUCCUAAUGCUCUUGAAAUAUACAGCCCCUCCUAGGAGCUUACCAUUUUCACCUUCCUUGCCUAUGCCCUUGCCUUCUAGUUCCAAAUAUUUUAGCCAGCUCACUGUGGCAAUAGUCUCUCAGAGAAAAGACUUGCUGUUAUUCUCCAACUCAUCUGUGAGCUUCUGGGGACAGCCAGUUGGCUGGGAUGCCAAACACCAGAGGGGGAGUUAAUAGUUUUGACUCUGAACUUGGCCACAAUCCCUGAACUGAUCCCAAAAUCUGUGAAAAGAUUUGAAUCUGAGAUCUCCACCAAA